AUGCAAACCAAGAGGCUUCCAACUCUCACCUCUCCAGCGAACCUGUCGUCGAGAUGUCCAACUGGAUCAACUCCGCCAACAUCUAUUCGCGACCCGCCGUUUUAUAGUCUCAAUUCAGCCCCGGAUCUGGUAUCCAUACGUCCCGAGCUCGCAACAGCCCAAGAUCCCUAUGUCGUAGUUCUACAGAUGAAUUACCAAGCUGGUAAGCGCGACCACGCUCUUGCGGCCUGGAAAAAUGUCGUGUCGUCAGCGAAGAAUGAGACGGGUGUUUUGCUGUGUGGCGCCUAUACGGAUCUUGCCGAGCGGACGAGAUUGUUCACUAUCGAUGCGUGGGAAAGUGAAGAGUAUUGGCUUCAGACCCAUACGCUGAGCGAGGGUUACGUGGAGAGCGAGAGACUUGUGAAUGCUGUGGGAAAUAUAACAGAGCUUUCGUUUUUGAAGAUGGCAGGCGGGUUCUUGUAUAAGGCGGAAUGA